AUGGAGACAAGCCCGUGGGACGCAUCGGCCAACCUGGAAGUACACAUCGUCGCCAACGUCUCCAUCGUAAUCCAUCAAUGGCUCAUUUCGACUGCUGGGAAGGACCCCAAGACGUCGGAGGGACUGGCCUGGUACGAUGCCAAGGGACGCCAGCUUCUGGACUCCAUUGCCCGAUUUUGGUCUGUUCGCGUGGAUUACUCCGAAGAGAAGUCGGCCUACGUCAUCAAAGGUGAGCUGCUCCAUCCACCAAUCAGAUUGGUUUUGCUUCAAGACCGCUGGUAUCCUACCAGUGGUCUUGUGCUUUUUCUCACAAGACAAAUUUACUGCUUAAAUGAUGAUGAUGAUGGUGAUGAUGAUGAUUCGAGGGGGUCUCGAAUGCGAGUUUGGGUACGAGGGAACCGUCGUCGUGGAAGUUGUGAUGACAUCUCA